AUGAACCCAGAAGCUACAACCUUACCUCGACUGCAUUGCCCCCAACCCGACACAUCACGCUACGAUUAUCUCGUCGCACCGGAAAACGCAGAGACAGACUCAAUCCGAUACUUCAUAGCACUCGAUCUUCGACAAUGUGCAUCGCUUCUUCCCCGACUCUUGGGGAGCGUCAUCGAGGCAAUUCGAUUUCUAGGUCCACAAACCUGCGCCUUGUCCAUCAUCGAGGGGAAUUCGGACGACGGUACCGGGGAGGUCCUGGCUGCCUUACGACCCGAGUUGGAUGCUUUGACAACCACCUAUUACUCCAAGACGAGCGACAUCAACCCAAAAAAGGGGGACCGAAUCCAAAAGCUUGCUCAACUGGGGAAUAUGGCUCUUCAGCCGCUGGUAGACGACACCGAGGCCGUCAAGUUCUCCGCUAAGAACACAACCAUUGUCUCUUUGAACGAUGUGGCAAUCUGUUUGGAAGAUAUUCUUGAGCUCUUACAUCAGAAGCGCAUACUCGGUGCCGACAUGAUGUGCGCUAUGGACUGGACCUAUGUUGGCCCAGACCCAACUUUUUACGAUGUUUGGAUAGCGCGAGGGAUGAACGGAGACUCCUUCUUUGAGAUUCCGCCAGAUGGAAAUUGGAACUCGGCCUGGAAUCUCUUUUGGAACAAUCCAAGCGCCCAGCAACGUUUGCUUUCGCACCAACCAUUUCAGGUAUUUUCCUGCUGGAACGGAGCCGCGGCGUUUACAGCGACACCCAUCAUGGAUCGAACCAUUGCAUUUCGAGCCCAUAGGGAGGGCGAAUGUCUUCAGGGUGAGCCACAGUUGCUCUGCAAAGACAUGUGGUUCCACGGCUACGGAAAGAUUGCUGUUGUUCCUGCCGUCAACCUCGAGUACUCGAACGAGGAUGGCAAACGGAUCAAAGAGGCAAAAGGCUAUGUUUCCCGCUGGACCAGCACGCCUGGACACCGGGACGAACCUAUCGAGUGGCAACUUGAACCACCUGAGAAGGUCAAGUGCAUACCAAAGUACGAGAAUCAGUUCUUUGAAGCCUGGAACUCGACACAGUCUGGAACCUGA